AUGGCUGGAGACACGUCAAUCAUGAACAUGCAUGAUGCCCAUCCUUCAAUAUGGAAAGGUCUCACUCCAGACUGCCAAAACCUAGUAUUCAUCUCAGCGUCACAUCUCAAGUCGACCAACCCUUCAGCCAGCUCGAACGAGAGAAUAAAGUCUUCCCCUGCUGACGGCAUCCCUACGGCUAUGAGAGUACGGCCGAGCGAUGAUGUACCGGAUGGGGACACCGAGUCUGGAAAUGAUAAGACAGUGGAUAUUGAUAUGGGUGAAGUCUUGGGGCCAGACCCGGCUGUUGAGGACCGUGUCGAUGAGAUACUGGAGCAUACUGGUGCAGGCUCUUUGGAUGGGUCAAUGGAGAACACAGAUGACCGCUCUAUGGAUAGUACAUAUUCGAGAGAGCGUCCGCACGAGGAUGUACCAGAUGAGGACGCCGAGUCUGGAAAUGAUGCAGCCGAGGAUAUUAAUAUGGGUGAAGUCUUGAGGCCAGACUCAGCUGUUGGCGGCGCUGUCGACGAGAUACCGGAGCAUACCGGUGCAGGCUCUUUGGAUGGGUCAACGGAGAACACAGAUGACGGCUCCAUGGAUGGCACAGAGGAGUCGUCUACGAGUGCUUAG